AUGAGGGCGAUCGCGUUUGCGAUUUCUCAGGGGACAUCGCUCAUUUGGAUCGAUCAAGAAUGUGUGAACCAGGACGAUCCUGUCGAUAUUCAAACCCAUCUGCAGUGCAACCACAUCAUUUUCCACCAGGCGGAAUUCAAACUUGGCCUUCUAAGCUUCCAGCUGUCUGCAAGCCAAGCCGAUAGACUACUCAGCCUCGAAUUGUAUCAACUUCAAGCCGAUCCAAAGUUUGCCGACUACAGAAGAAGCGUCCUUGCUGGAUAUGGGCUGAAGUCAAUUCAACGAGAAAUACGAUGCUUAACUCGGUUGCUAAGAGCUAUCCGGAGAGAUCGCUGGUUCACAAGGGCGUGGGUUUACCAGGAAAGACAUUCGGCGAAUAUGGACAUGCAUCUUCUUAUACCAUUGUCGACUGAGGGGCUGAAAACGUUCCGCAGUGCGUUUGGUAUAGAGCUUGUUGGAGAAGAUUAUCCCUUGUACGUUGGAUCGGUCUGUUCAAUCGCAGCUAUGUUGAGGUGGUACCUCUCUGAGCUCAAACUGGGUCAAGGAUUCCAGGAAGAUACCUCGGUCAAGAACUCCGUAUACGAAUCCCUAAACGCACUCCAUGAAGCCGCGCAGGUCCUUAGUGGUCCCAUCUUUUCCGGGACUUCAUUCGACAGAGUCUUCGAAACUUUCGAAAGUAUGAGCCUGGGCACGGAUCGAGGACGAGAGAUCGACAGUAUUCGUAACCUUCACCUUCACCAAAUUUUUCUCGAUCUGGAAAGUUGUGACAGCCGGGUCGUCUCGGAUCGAGUAGCGAUCUUGUCCAAUAUUAUGAACUUUGAACGGAGAGUUAUAACGACUUCCUUCACAAGUUACUCCUGGGCUCUGCUCAUGCUCUUGUCCGCAAACAAUCAUGUACCAUCAGUUCUUGUUCGAGAGGAGACCUUAACUCAACCGGAUCUUCUUCUUUCCCACUCUGUCCCUGCAUCGGGAUUGAUCAUGCUUGCGUAUGAGAUGAAAAGGCUGAUAGCAGCGGGCAGGUUGGAAUUGCAGAAAGAGUUGGAGAACGUCUCAUGCGCUCUGACGGAUUUCUUCGGAAGAGAUAUAACUCGACAUACAGAAUUUCGGGAUGCAGUUGAGGAUGCAGUUGAGGAUGCAGUAGAAGGUUGUCCGGGAGUCUCUCAUGCGGAUCCGCUUUCGCUCCUCUCCGAAAUUAAGGUGCAAGAAUUGAAACGUGUGGCCGUCCUACCACUGUCUGCGACCAUUGGCGAUAUCAUUGGAGGAAUUGUAUCGGCGCACCACGUAGACAACAUUGGGUUGCAGUCUAGUCAUGGUGAGACUGUGGUCAGGUAUGGCAUAAACACAAAUCAGCUCAAGGAAGGCGUCACGUUCAUGGCAUUUGUUGGGGAAUAUCGUUGGCGUUCUGGAUUCAUUGAUAGUUUUUCAAUUGAAUAG